AUGAAAAAUCGUUCACGAAGACGACGUAAUUUUUUACAAGAAAAUAAUUUAAAUGAUGACGAAGAUGCAAAUGUUUAUGAUAAUGAUGAUCGGAUUUACUUCAGAAAUCGACAACAAGAUAUGGCUGAACAAAAACGAGAUUUUGAUGGAGAAUACUAUGUACCGAUUGCGACAAAAUUUAAAAUGAGAGAUAAUAAUGGAUUAUACGAAGGCGAAAUUGAUCAAUCUAAUCAUGCUCAUGAUGAAGAAGAACGAAAUACAAACAAAAGAUUUAUGCAGAACGAUGAAAAAUUAAUAAAUCCCGAUAGAUUAUCAAAUGAUGAUAAUCUUAAUUUAAAUGAUAAUAAUUAUCGACAAUAUUUUAAAAACAAUCAUAAUAGAAAAAAAUUUUAUAAAAAAAAUUUUAAUGAUUAUAAUUAUAAAUUAGAUAAACAACGAAAUAUUAGUGAAAGAAAAUAUCUUGAAAAUGAUUAUUUAGAUAAACAAGAUCAACUUGAAAAUGAAGAUUAA